GCCGCAGCCUCUCACACCACGAGUACAGAUCCCAGGAUACAGAGCCACCCACAGGUCCACUGCUCCAGUGGUGCGCUUCCAGGGAGAAGACGAACGAACAAAUUAUCCCACACUUCGAUAUUACGGACCCAGAGACAAUGCAGGAUGCACAACAGCAGGAACAGAAUUUCAUCAGGGCUGUUAUCCCACAGCUCAAAAAUGGAAUUGAGCAUUUCAAAACCGUUGCAACCAUUCUGCUGGCCUAUGAUGAGUCAAAGACACUAGCGCUGCAGCACGCUAUUGUUCAGGCCAAAUGGAGCCUAGAAUGGGCUGAAUCUGCUGCGUCCAGUCAGCUGUCGCAGGUGGAUGCACUCACAGAGAGUCUGACCGCCAGGAAAGGAGAACUGGACCGUGAGCAGAUAAAUAAAGUGAAAGAACUGGAAAACUUGGAAACAGAAAGCCAAUGCAUAGCUGACUGCAUGGAGACAUUCAGAAAGUCUCUAGAUGAUGCUCGGAGAGCCCGAGAUUCUGCUCGGGGAAUUCUUGAAGACCUUGAAAGAAAGCAGAGGGUGACUGAGGCCGUGCGGGAUGUUGCAAUCGGAAUAAUGUUCAUCCCCAUCAUCGGAACCAUCCCUGGUGCCAUCAUUGCUCUGGUCUCUCAGGUAGAGUUGGACAAUGCCAAAUCAGCAAUACGUACAGCAGAGGAAGAAGUGGAAAACUCUGAAAGAGAAGUUAAUAAUUAUUAUUAUAAGUUGGAACAAAAAAAAAGGCAAUGUACAAAAAAGAAGGAUGAGAUUGCACAGUGCAGCAGGACCAUAGAGCAGAUUAAGCAGAGCCUAGCGCAGGUUUAUACACAGCGCACCAACAUCGCCCGAGCGCAGGAGAAACUCAGGAACGCCCUCUACAUGUUAAGCACCCUGGCUGGUAGAGCGAGCGUCGCUACGACCCUCACUCAGCGCACCAACAUCAACCCAAUGCAGGAGAUACUCUGGAGCGGCGCCAACAUGUUAAACACUCUGGCUGCAAGAGUGAGCGUGGCUACAACCCACACUCAGCGCACCAACAUCAACCCAAUGCAGGAGAUAUUCUGGAGCGGCGCCAACAUGUUAAGCACGCUGGCUGCAAGAGCGAGCGUGGCUACAACCCACACGCCGCAAGUCAUCUGCCUGCCCCCUGUGGUGAACAUACUGGGAGAGAUCAUUGAACUCAUGCUUCAAAUGCAGGGAGAUAGAAGAUAUGAGCUCCUCAGUGAUCCACAAGUCAAAGCUGCCAUCCUUAGCCUGCAGGAACUCCACCAGAAAGUUUCAGCCAUCGAUGACGAGCAGACAUUAAAUGAAAUUCAGUUUUAUUGAUUGAGAUGUACACCCAUGACACAUUCCCACAGGGUACACAUAGUGAGCUCCAGAUUUAUCACAUGCAGUGGGGUCUAAAAGUCUGAACAUUUUCCUUACAACUUAUAUUACCAGCAUAACAAUUGGAGUGAAAAGUUAAAUCUUUGAAAAAUGUACAUGAAUUUCAGAAUUUCUUAGUAUUUGGUAUGCCCCCCUUUUGCUUUAAUGGCAAUGUGCUCUGGAGCUGGCACAGACUCCACAGGAUCCAUGUUAUUCCAGCCUGACAAUGUUCCAAAGAGCACCUUGUGUUGUUACUGAAUGCUUGGCUUUUGUCAGUCUUGAAGUGCCCCCAUAAAUAUUCACUGGGGUUGAGGUCAGGUGAUUGUGGAUUGUGCUGAACUCCUUUCUCUUCUCUUCUUUCGUAUAUCGUCAGAUGGCCAACUCAGUGUCAUGCAGCCACGCCCUCGUCUCCGGUCCUAAGUCGAAAAGGCCAGCUUCUGAGGGUGGGCUGUAUAGGGGGCAGCCGGUGAUUAUGUGCUCGGCAGUCUGUUCAGGCUCGCCGCACUCACAUGCCGCACUGUCCGAUAGGCCCCACUUCUUCAGAGAUGACUUGAAGCGUCCGACGCCAGAGCGCAGACGGUUCAGUGAGGUCCAUAGAUGGCGUGGCAUGUCUUCUCCUUUUACACCGCCUCCUGGGUCCCGGAUGUAUCGUUGCAUGCGGGAGGGCCCAGCCGUCUCCCACGUCUGUUUCCAGGAUGCUGCCAGCCAGGCGUCUCUGGACAAGUCCUCAGGGAUAGACUGUAGCAUCUCCUGCGCUGCCUUGUUGUAGGGAUGGCGAGACUUAAGCCUGCAUGGUGGUGCCGGUGUUGUUGUGGCUUUGUGUAGGAUGUGCCAGUCGUGCUUCUGGGCUUUUCUUGCCAGGGCGAGGGUAGCCGCAUCCCGUCAGAGACUGGCUGGGGCGAUUCCAGCUAGGACUGGCAGGUAGGACACAGGGGUGGGUUUCAGACAACCAGUAACUAUACGGAGGGCGCUGUUGAUGACUGUAUCUACCUUGUUCACAUGUGGACUUCUGCUCCAGGCUGGGGCACAGUAUUCUGCUAUGGGUAAUACCAGGGCUUGCGUGGAUAUGCGUAGGGUCUGGGGGGAAGCUCCCCAAGUCGAACCCGCCAGGCGGCGGAUGAGCGAGACCCUUGCUGUUGUCUUGGCCUUCACUUCAUCCAGGUGUUGCUUGUAGGACAGUGUCCGGUCCAAGCAUACGCCGAGGUACUUGGGGGCUUGCUGGAACUCCAGGCGGUUGUUGCCAACAUGCACGUCCAGUUCCCUUCUUGCUUCCCGAUUGUUAAGGUGGUAAGCUGCAGACACUGUCUUGCCCAUGCUGAGCUGAAGGUGCCACUUCUGGAGGUAGUCUGCCAGGAUGCCCAUGUCUCGGUUGAGGCCAUCUUCCAUCGCCUUCCAUGUUGGGCGGCGAAGCAUGAUGGCCAAGUCGUCCGCAUAGCCAUACUUGGUAGAUGUUGUAUCUGGCAGGUCGUGAAUGUAUAUGUUGAACAACAUUGGUGAGAGGACGGAGCCUUGCGGGACACCGUUCUUCAACUUUCUGAGCCUGCUGGUCUGGCCAUCGCUGGUCUGUAGGAUGAAGCUACGGUUCGAUAGCAUCUCCAUAAUGAACCUCACCAUGUGCCGGUCUGGGAUUGUCCUCAACAGUUUCAGAUGUAGUCCACGGUGCCACACGGUGUCAUAGGCGGCUGUCAGGUCCAGGAAUACUACUCCAGCUUUUUCGUUAUCCUGAAAGCUGUCCUCGAUGUCCUGAGUGAGUAGCGUUACCUGAUCCACUGUUGACCUGCCUCGGCGGAAGCCGGCUUGUUCCGGUGGGAGUUGUGGGUCCACCACUGGCUCGAUGCGGCUGUGAAUCAGCCUCUCCAGGAUCUUAUAUGGGACACAGAGCAGAGAGAUGGGCCUGUAGGACUUCGGGUCUUCGGCGGGUUUGUUCGGCUUUGGCAAGGCUAUGACGGAAGCACGGCGCCAGGUCUUUGGGAGCUUGGACCUCCGGAAGCAUGAUGAGAAGAACGAGCAUAGCCAGUAAGAUGUUCUUUCACUUUGGUGUAUGACAAACUCUGGGUGGAUAUUGUCUCGACCUGAUGACUUGCCCGGCUUCAGUUUGUUGAUUGCUGCACUUAGUUCGGCUACUGUGAAGUCUCCUGAGAGGUUAGCAUCGACGCUGGCUGCCUUGGAGAGAGACGAUACCUCACACGAGGUCAAUCGUGUGACGUUUCUGUCAGCAUCAGGGAAGCGACCAUUUUUCAGGAGCUGGGAAGCAAUGGCAUCUGCUGUCACUGGACACCUGCGGGGGGUUGUUUUUCUCCCUGAGAGCAGGUUGAUGGUCUGCCACACCUUCCGGCUAGAGUGGGUGAAGUCGAUAGCUUCCACUACUUCAGUCCACCUGGCCCUUUGGGUGUCGUCCAGCUUCUGCAAUAGGGUUGUUGCUGUUGCGUCCAUUUCUUCCCUGGAGCUUGCCUGCUGGUGUUGGCGCAGCAGGCAGCUGCACUCCUCAUCCCAGCCCGGGAUGUAGUUCUUAUUGUAGCCACGUGGGAUGUUGUGCUUUGCUGCCCUGAGGAGGACUUCACAGUAGGCGGCGUAUGCAGCAUCCACAUCAGCUGCUUCUGGGUCCAGGAGACCAGCAGUUCUUCUUUCCGUUUCCGCCAUAAACUGCCGCCAGUUCGCCUUCCUGAAGUUCCAUCUCCUGACCGGUUUGCCAGAUACCGGCUGUACCAGUGAUGGUACUUUGAUGAGGGAUGGCCGGUGGUGUGAACGAGGGAACCUGUCCAAGACACGUCUCUCCGGUUUCAGGUCGUUACUGCGGCAUACGGCAAAGGCCUGGGUUGGUGUGAGAGUUCCAGCGUGCAGAAAAGAAGCUUGGGGGCUCCUUUGGGUCGAAGAGCAGCAAUGCCUCAGCGUUAGAAGCCCACUCACUCAGCGCUUCACCAUCCUGUGAUGUGUGGUUGUAACCCCAAUCUGUAUGUUGGCAAUUGAAGUCACCUGCAUAGAUGGCGGGAGGAGUCACAGAUGGUAGUGAUGAUACAGUCAGCACAGUUGGUGGGGGCUUGUAUACAUUCACAACAGAUGUUUCUUGGAUUUUGGUGACCAGCCAUUCAAUGUUGCAGCCGGGUGGAGAUUGACUGGUGGCUGACCAGCUCAAUCCUUCCCGGACAAAGGUUGCCAUUCCAUGCUUCCUGCUGUGGAUGGAUCCGGUGAGGAAGAACCCAGGCAGUUUGAGGUUGUCGUCAGAAACCCAGUGUGUCUCUUCUCUGAAGUAACAUUGGUAUUAAAAUCCUAAAACUUUCUUUUCAUUUUCGUUGUUGCAAGAUCAGACACAUUUUGACAGGCUUCACAGAUAUCAGAUACAUUAGAUAUUACAGCUCUUAUGUGAUGUUUAAAUGAAAAAAUAAAAGAAUAAAAGAAGAAUCUGAAAAUAAAAGUUUUUUUUUAUUUUGGAUACCGGUGGACUUGCGGUUCUUCUGAAUCAUUUUGUGAAUUGUUCCCAGUUUAAUCCCAAGAUCUUGUGAUAUUAAGAGCGGCCAGCAGGGGGGCUGGACUCAAGCUUAACAAGCAACCGUAAUAAGCAAGGGGAGACCAUCAAUGCCAAAAAAGUUUAAUUCAACCAAAGUUAGGUAACAGAAGUACAAUACCCAUGGAGUGUGAACAAAUUAAACAUCAGUUGUGUAAUGCCAUGCCAUUGUCUCCUGCUUAGUCUAAUCAACUGUAAGUCACUCUGGAUAAGAGCCUCUGCCAAAUGCCAUUAAUGUAAUGUAAUGUAGUGGCAGCUCAGUUGAGGGGCAGUGAGCAAAAUACAGGACUGUGCAUGAAGUUCAAAUGAAAUUAAACAUUUAUUUUUCAGGUGAUAAUAUCAUUUAUACAAGUAAUAAAUGGGAAAUGUGUCCGUUUGUUCAUUUGUCAGUUCUAUUUCCUUGUGUAAAGUUGUAUCUGUUCAGUUCUAGCCUCUGGUUUCCUGACCCAUUUCUAUUCUGUUUCUUUUCUGCCGUUUUUGGAUUCCCAGAUGUUUUAACUCUGCCUGGCUUUUGGAUUAUGUGUUUGUGCUUUGUACACUUGUGUCGAUGGCCUGCCCGCUACUGAACUCUGCCGGCUUUAUUAGGAUGCUGCUUAUUGGACUCUGUCUUGUACCGCUGCCCUGCUAUUGGACUGACUACUGAUUUUUGGACUUUGCCUAUUCUUGGAUUACGUUCUUGAUCUGCCUGUUCUGAAUAAACCUGCCAUAUUCACCUUA